UUAAAUUACAUUUUCAAGAUAAUGGUUUUUUUCUAAAUGAAUGUGAGGUUAAACUAAUAUAAAUCAGACAGAGUUUAUUUAUGAAUUUAUUUAUUUCUUUCACAAUUUACAAAACAUCAAGAGGGUGUUCAAAUAUUUUUUUUUUCAUUCGUUUGCUUGAAAAUUUAUGCGUAUUUUGUUUUAUCAGUAAUGGCAAAUUCUAGAGCUGGCCAAAAAUCCAGAACGAUUGGAGCACAGAAAGGAAUACAUAAUGGAACCUGCAUACAAAGAUAAGCCUCAUUGUAUGAAUGGAUACCCUUUAAAUGUGUUAAAAUUUUCCGACGAUGACAAGAUUAUAAUUCAAAAUGAAGAGCUGAAGGAAAUGUUGCAGCAUCCAAAAGUUAAAUUCCGAAAAAUUGUGCCAUUUUCAAUUAUUGGAGCUUACAGGAAAGGAAAAAGCUUUCUUUUGGAUUAUUGCUUAAGAUACCUUUAUGCACAUUACCCUUCAAUUAAUUGUCCUAAUUUAAUAAAUCCCGAUAAUUGGAUGGGCGCAAAGGAUGAACCUUUAAGGGGAUUUUCAUGGCGUUCAGGAGCAACACGUGACACAACCGGAAUCAUUGUAUGGAGUGACGUAUUUCUUCAUAAUUGUGAAAUGACGGGAGAAAAAAUUGCAAUUAUUGUGAUGGAUACUCAAGGACUUUUUGAUACCUUAACAACCGCAACUGGCAAUUCAAGAAUUUUCGCUUUAGGAACUCUUAUUUCUUCAAUACAAGUUUUAAAUUUAUCAGGUGUCGUUCAAGAGGACCAAUUGCAAUACUUACAGUUUGCAACGGAAUUUGCGAAAUUUGCAGCCGCAGACAAAAAUGAAUUAAACGCAAAACCAUUUCAGAAUUUGAUGUUUCUUGUUAGAGACUGGGUCAACUGGAAAGACCACGAUUAUGGUCUAGAGGGAGGAUCAACCUAUUUGAAUACUUUUCUUGAAAUAAAGCCACACCAAAAAGAUGAAUUGAAGUCUGUUCGGCAGUUUAUCAAAGAAUCUUUCGAGGAGUUAACCUGCAGCCUCCUUCCUCAUCCAGGAGACAGAGUUAUUGGUAAUAAGAAAAAUCAGCAAAUGUAUGAUGGAAACUGGGGUGAGAUGGAUGAAGAAUUCGUCAAAGAACUUGCUAUUCUCAUAGAUCAUCUUUUGAAACCUGAAAGAUUAGUUUUGAAAAAAGUAAAUCAAAAUAAACUUCAAGCAGCUGAAUAUUUUGGUUACCUUGAUGAGUAUUUUCAUUUAUUUCAAUCUGAAGAAAUUCCUGAGGCAAAAACAAUUUACGAAAUAACAGUAGAUAAAAAUAUGAAUACUCUUAUUGACUCAUGCUAUGACCAAUAUGUCCAGAACAUUUUUCAAAACGAGGAAUUAAUCGAAACAUCUGAUCAAAUUGUAAUAGUCCACAGAAUGAGCAAAAAUGAUGCGCUAUUACUUUAUAAAACAUCGAAAAAAAUGGGAAAUAAAAACCAUGAUUUAAAAUUUAAAGAUAUUUUGAGUCUAAAGAUUGAAGAAUAUUACAAAAGCUGGUUAAAUACGUCGGAAACAAACUUAAAAGAAAUUGAAGAGCAAAAAGAAAAGACUCGUAAACUGUUUCAAGAAAAGCAUGAAUAUCAACUGCAGAUGAUAGAUGAUGAGAAAGCAGCCUUAGAGGAAAUGCUAAAAGAAAUGGAAUCAGAAAAUAAAUCAAUUAUUGAACGAGAAGAAAAGCUUUAUAAAGAAAAGAUAGAGAAAGAAAAAUUAAAAGUCGAAAGCAGAAUUAAGAAAGCUAUUAAAGAACUUGAAAUUGAGAUGGAAAACUGUAAAAUUUCAAUUGAAAAAGAAAAGACAACAACAACUAAAAAGCUUUAUGAAGAAAAACAUAGACUCGAGCAGGAAUUAGAAAUUCUUAAAACAAAUGCAGAAGUUCAAUUAGCUGAAAAAGGAAGACAAAUUGACAAUGUAAAGAUUUCAAAGGAUAGAGAGGUUCUCGCAUUAAGAACAAAAGAACAAAACAAUAGAAUAGCUGCGAAGGAAGCAGAACAAGAAAGACAAGAUGCAAUAAAGAAAAAAAUGCAAGCUGAAAUUGAUAGAGAUAAGUUUGAAAAGCUUUAUGCUGAAGAAGCAAAAAAACCAUAUUGGCGAUCUUCAAACAUUUACUCAGAACUUCCUGCUCCUACAGCCGUUCUUGCAGGACACGAUUCGGAUGAAUAUCCUGUAUAUGUGGGAAUGGCAAUCUGUGGUGAUACUCAAUAUCCAGCUAAUGUUAUUCCAGAUAAAAGUUUAUGUUUCAUUUCAAAUGAUGGUAAAGAAUACUCUAGAGAUGAAUAUUAUGUCCUGUGUGGAGAUUGCUAUUCUUGGAAGAGAUCAACAGAUGGAACAGUUCCAGAUAGAGCUGUAUGGAGUGGAUAUACAGAAGAAAAUGAUUUCAUUUAUGUUGCGCGUGCAAAGCAAAAUAAUAGCUGGAUUGUAGGAAAGGUUAUUCAAAAUCAAAAUUUCAUAACAGUUCCAUAUAAAAAAAAGGAAGUAGUAUUGCGGACAUUUGAUUACCUAGUCAGGACAACUUAGAAUAUUAAAGAAAGAUAAAUUUUAAAUUUUUAUCAAAAUAAAAAAUUAUUGAUUAUUUGAUAUUUAUUGCAAUUUCAAUGUUGUGAAAUGUAAAAUUAAAUGAAU